GCCGAGGAAAAUUCAUCUCAGCACGGGACACGUCUGAGACUUGCAUCAAGACACAAGUCCAAUGUCCAUCAUAAGAGGCCCUUUGUUUGUGCUCAUCGCUGUCUUCUUGAUUGAAGAUAUUGCAGCAUACCUCCCUCCAGGAUGGCACAGUCCCCCAAUUGCACCACCUGAGAUACCUCAAACCCUUGGAAACGACGAGCCAUACUACUCAGGUCCAAGUUACUACCAGAGUUUGUCUCCAGGACGAUACUGGGGACAAAGGCUUUAUCCAAAACCCUUGAACACGUUCUACUCUAGCAACUCCCGCAAGGAUGAAACUGGCGUGAAAGUCCAUAGCAAUUUGGAGGUUUGGGAACUGGAAAAGAAGGAGCAAGCCAUUGAGAGUGUCAAGGAGGAGAUUGAGAGAGAAAAAGAGGCGAUUGAAGAGGAAGAGGAGGAAGUUGAGAGGAAGAAAGCAAUUGCCAAGCAAGCUAUUGUUCAGCAAGCCUAUCCAGGAGAUACUUUGAGUGUCUCUCCAGACAAGAGCAGUAUUGAUUACCAAAGAGAGCAAGAACUACGGUCUCGUGCCCGGGAGGAACACUUGGCCGAGUUGUAUGGUCAAUACCGUCGACCCUCCAGAUGGGAACAAUCCAAAUAUGCCGCUGAAUCAUCCUUCCAAGCAAAGAGAAAUUCAAAGAGAUCAAGAUAUGCUUGGUCUAAGAGUCAACCGUGGCUCAUAGACCCGCGAAUCACUCGCAAAUAUGGAAGUUGGAAUUCGAAAUCCGAAUCCUCGUGGGAAGCAGCUCGCCGCUUAGCUGAGGCCCGAAAAUACGGAGCCGCUUACUACGGCCCUCAGCAAUGGAACAACAAUCCAUCUCCCAGUUGGGGCGCCCAAUACGAAAGUAGUGCAGAAUCCGAAAGCCACAAAAACCAAUACGAAAAGGAAAGCUAUCAAAACCAUUCCGAGGUGGGACCCAACCGAUCUCUGAAACUUGAUGUUACUGAUGAUGAAGUCAAAGUCCCUGCUCCUGGAACCCCAACAACCACUGCAGCCCCUCCAGCGGCCCCCUACAACUUACCACCCAUUGAUUGGAGACGACGUUUCCAGAACUGGCCUUGGGGACCCAAAGCCAAGAGUUGGGGAUGGCACACACCAACCCCAGAUGCGUCCCCUAUUCACAUUAAGGUCGUGGUGGAGACCAAGUGCUACAACGCCAGUGCUCAUGAUGAUGCUCCCAAGGUCUAUCCGAUAGAACACACUCCAAGCAUUGAAAUACACCAAAAGGAGCAAGAUCAAUCCGAGAACGAGAUUGGCUCUACAUAUGACGACAUCAUGUAUCUUCCUGGACCUCUCUUGUCCCGUCCCCCUCCCCAACAAUGGCAAAGGCCGUCAAUCUCGCAAUGGAGGCAGAACGAAUUAGAGAGAUUAUGGAAAUCUACUCAUUCCCAAAAAUGGGGUUGGAACACCAGACACCAAGAUACGGAUUGGAAUCAGGAGGAGCCUUUUCGAUGGCAACCUGCCGUCCCCAAAUGGGAUCAGGGUGGCCAAAUCGCUGAUGAUGUAGAUUCGGAAAACCCUGACCUUCUUGCCCGACCAGAGCAGCCUCCAUCUUGGACACCACCACAAGGUGGGCCCUUCACCCGGCCUUUGAUCCAACAACAGGAGUUCUACCAGAACCAAAAGUACAACAAUGAGGCCCGACAUAACCAUCAAAUCUCCAAAUGGGGAACCGGGCCAAAUCACCAAUUGGGCCCAUCCUUGGCUUGGGAAGCCCAACAGCAGAGCCACAACCAACAAAGCCAGAAUUGGAAAGCGGCACAAUCAGGAUCCUGGGCACCGGCCUGGAGAAGAUAACUAACAACUACCUUCGCUCUAAAUCAGUUUGACCUUGACCUUGCCGGCAACUAUCUUUGUUUGGCCUUCAUUGCUAAGCUAAGCUAGAUGCAAUCAAGAUCAUUGGAGGAAAAAUAAACCUACUAGCUAUGA